AUUACGUCAUUACCCCUAAUUCAUCUCCAAAAUUACAACGACGUCGUGUCAGUGGCAAAUUGUAUAAAAAGGACAAUUUGGAGAAUUAACAAGCACCCAGUUUUGAAAGCCGUGUUUUUACGCGGGGCGUCGUAACGCCGUCUCUCUCUCUCUCUCUCAAAUCUAUGUUUCACGAAACGAAACCCUAAAGAGCACAGAGCACACACACACAGACCGACUUGCGAAGAAUUCGAUCGACAGACAUGGCAAUGGCAGGCUUGUAUCGGCGUGUUUUACCAUCUCCUCCGGCCAUUGAUUUCGCUUCUUCUGAAGGAAAGCAACUCUUUUUAGAAGCCAUUCAAAGUGGUACAAUGGAAGGCUUUUUCAAGCUGAUCUCUUACUUUCAGACGCAAUCAGAGCCUGCCUAUUGUGGAUUAGCCAGCCUUUCCAUGGUCAUGAAUGCCCUUGCUAUUGAUCCGGGAAGAAAAUGGAAAGGGCCCUGGAGAUGGUUUGAUGAAUCUAUGUUGGAUUGUUGUGAGCCAUUGGAGAAGGUUAAAGCUACAGGCAUUUCAUUUGGAAAGCUUGUAUGUUUGGCUCACUGUUCUGGAGCAAGAGUUGAAGCUUUUCGCACAAAUCAAAGCACCAUUGAUGAUUUUCGUAAGUAUGUCAUGGCUUGUUCCAGUUCGGAUGAUUGUCAUGUGAUCUCAUCAUAUCAUAGAGGAAGCUUUCAGCAG